GCUGCCCAUGAUGCGACAACAAUUUUCACACUUCUGUAAAGAAAUAGCUUUUUUAAACAAUUAAAUUAGAAAAUUAUAUAACUAUAAAGGAAACUCGUAGUGUAAACUCGGAAUCAUAAAUUAUCAGAAAAUGAACGCAAGGAACUUGACGCAAAACUAGUUCAGUGCUCAACAAGUUCCACGAAGCAGACGGACUCGAUUGUUGAACCAAUAAUUUAUCUGCUGACGCUCAAAUAAAUAUAGUGGAAUAUGCAUUAUUUGAUGCCACAAUAAUAAAUCAUUAUUAAAUUAUUACAUGCAUGUUAAACAAAGUACUUUUAGUAGAAAAUGACUGACAUUAAGGAAAUCGUUGUUAUUGUUAAAUGGAGUGGCAAGGAGUAUCCCAUUGCCGAUCUAACCGACCAGGACACAGUUGAGGUGCUGCGCCACGAAAUCUUUCGCAAAACACAAGUGCGACCGGAACGCCAAAAAUUAUUGAAUCUGAAGCACAAAGGCAAACCGGCAGCCGACAAUAUAAAACUACAUGCCCUCGAGCUGAAGCCCAAUUUCAAGCUGAUGAUGGUUGGUUCCACAGAGGCGGACAUUGAGGACGCCUGCAGUCUGCCCGAAGACAUUGGCGAGGUCAUCGAUGAUUUCGAUGAUGCCGACGAGCGGGAGGAGUCCGUCGAGAAUUCUGCCGUCUACCUGGCCAAAGUGCAGCGUCGCGUGCAACAUUAUAAGAUCACCGAGCUGUCGCCGCCACGUGAGGGCAAACAUUUGCUUGUCUUGGACAUUGAUUAUACCCUUUUCGAUCAUCGUUCGCCCGCCGAGCAGGGCACGGAGCUGAUGCGUCCCUUUUUGCACGAGUUUCUCACGUCAGCGUAUGAGAACUAUGAUAUAGUGAUCUGGUCGGCAACCAGCAUGCGCUGGAUUGAGGAGAAGAUGCGCCUGCUUGGCGUCGCCAAUAAUGAUAGCUACAAAAUAAUGUUCUACCUCGACUCGAAUGCCAUGAUCUCAGUGCAUGUGCCGGAGCGCGGCGUUGUCGAUGUGAAGCCGCUGGGUGUCAUCUGGGGUCUGUACAAGCAGUAUAGCUCGAAGAAUACGAUCAUGUUUGACGAUAUACGUCGCAAUUUUAUGAUGAAUCCCAAGUCAGGACUCAAGAUACGUCCAUUUCGACAGGCGCAUUUGAAUCGCUCCAAGGACAAGGAGCUGCUGAAACUGUCCAACUAUCUCCGCCAGAUUGCCUUGCACUGCAAAGAUUUCAAUUUGCUUAAUCAUCGCAAAUGGGAGCACUACGAACCGAAAAAGAACUCUUAAUAGGCAUUUUACAAUUUACGAGUUAAGCACUUUAUGUAAUAAGAUUCUCUUAAUUUGUAUUCCAUUAAAAAUAAUUUUUUAACGCA